CGAGGGCCUGGACAUGGCACUGAGGGGCCGCCCCGCGGGAAGAUGAUAAGGGCUGGCUGGAGCUGGAGAGCGACCCUGGCCUCUUCACCCUCCUGGUGGAAGAUUUCGGUGUCAAAGGGGUGCAGGUGGAGGAGAUCUAUGACCUUCAGAGCAAAUGCCCGGGCCCCGUGUAUGGAUUCAUCUUCCUGUUCAAAUGGAUCGAAGAGCGCCGAUCCCGUCGCAAGGUCUCUACCUUGGUGGAUGAUACGUCUGUGAUUGAUGAUGAUAUUGUGAAUAACAUGUUCUUUGCCCACCAGCUGAUCCCCAACUCUUGUGCCACUCAUGCCCUGCUGAGCGUGCUCCUGAACUGCAGCAGUGUGGACCUGGGGCCUACCCUGAGUCGCAUGAAGGACUUCACCAAAGGCUUCAGCCCUGAGAGCAAAGGAUAUGCGAUUGGCAAUGCUCCAGAGUUGGCCAAGGCACAUAAUAGCCAUGCCAGGCCUGAGCCACGCCACCUUCCCGAGAAGCAGAAUGGCCUUAGUGCUGUGAGGACCAUGGAGGCAUUCCACUUUGUCAGCUUUGUGUCUAUCACAGGCCGGCUUUUUGAGCUGGAUGGGCUGAAGGUCUACCCCAUUGACCAUGGGCCCUGGGGGGAGGAUGAGGAGUGGACAGACAAGGCCCGGCGGGUCAUCAUGGAGCGUAUCGGCCUCGCCACUGCAGGGGAGCCCUACCGUGACAUCCGCUUCAACCUGAUGGCGGUGGUGCCCGACCACAGGAUCAAGUAUGAGGCCAGGCUGCACGUGCUGAAGGUGAACCGUCAGACAGUACUGGAGGCCCUGCAGCAGCUGAUUAGGGUAACGCAGCCAGAGCUGAUUCAGACCCACAAAUCUCAAGAGUCACAGUUGCCUGAAGAGCCCAAACCAGCCAGCAGCAAGUCCCCUCUGGCACUGGAAACAAGCAGGGCCCCAACGGCCUCUGAGGGCACCCACACAGAUGGUGUGGAGGAGGUGGCUUCUUCGUGCCCACAAGCCCCGACCCACAGCCCUCCCAGCAAACCCAAGCUGGUGGCGAAGCCUCCAGGGAGCAGCAUCAAUGGGGUCCCCCCCAUCCCCACUCCUAUUGUCCAGAGGCUGCCAGCCUUCCUGGACAAUCACAACUGUGCCAAGUCCCCCAUGCAGGAGGAGGAAGACCUGGCAGCAGGUGUGGGCCGCAGCCACGUUCCAGUCCGCCCGCCCCAGCAGUACUCAGGUGAUGAGGACGACUACGAGGAUGACGAGGAGGAUGAUGUGCAGAACACCAGCUCCGCCAUCGGGUAUAAGUGAAAGGGACCAGGAAAACCAGGGCCGUUGAGUGGCUCUGGGGACGGGCAGCUGUCGGUGCUGCAGCCCAACACCAUCAACGUCUUGGCUGAGAAGCUCAAAGAGUCCCAGAAAGACCUCUCGAUUCCUCUGUCCAUCAAGAUGAGCAGCGGGGCCGGGAGUCCAGCUGUGGCAGUGCCCACACACUCGCAGCCCUUGCCCACCCCCAGCAAUGAGAGCACGGACACAGCCUCUGAGAUCGGCAGUGCUUUCAAUUCACCACUGCGCUCGCCUAUCCGCUCGGCCAACCCCACGCGGCCCUCUAGCCCCGUCACCUCUCACAUCUCCAAGGUGCUUUUUGGAGAGGACGACAGCCUGCUGCGUGUUGGCUGCAUACGCUACAAUCGUGCCGUACGAGACCUGGGUCCUGUCAUCAGCAGAGGCCUGCUGCACCUGGCUGAGCACGGUGUGCUGAGUCCCCUGGCGCUGACAGAGAGUGGGAAGGGUUCCUCACCUUCCAUCAGACCGAGUCAAGGCAGCCAAGGGUCUGGCACCCCAGAGGAGAAGGAGGUGUUGGAGGCCGUAGAUGGCAGAGAGAAGCCUGGGCUGGUCAGGCCUAGUGAGCCCUUGAGUGGGGAGAAGUACUCACCCAAGGAGCUGCGGGCACUGCUGAAGUGUGUGGAGGCUGAGAUUGCAAACGAUGAGGCCUGCCUCAAGGAAGAGGUGGAGAAGAGGAAAAAGUUCAAGAUUGAUGACCAGAGAAGGACCCACAACGACGAUGAGUUCAUCUGCACCUUCAUCUCCAUGCUGGCUCAGGAAGGCAUGCUGGCCAACCUGGUGGAGCAGAACAUCUCGGUGCGGCGGCGCCAGGGGGUCAGCAUCGGCCGGCUCCACAAGCAGCGGAAGCCUGACCGGCGGAAACGCUCGCGGCCCUACAAGGCCAAGUGCCCGUGAGGACUGCUGGCCCUGAGCCUGCCACUCACUCUUGCCGCGUGGCCCUCACCAGGGCCCUCCCUUGCCCCACGCCCCCUCUUCCCAGUAUUACUGAAUAGUUCCAGUCAGAGAGCCCAGAUCCUGGGAAUGGGAGCCAGGCCGGGGUUCUCUGCACUGUGCCUGGGCAGGUCGGCCCCGUCGCGCUCUGGAAGCAGCAGCCAGAGGUGGGGCACAGCGAGCUGCUGCAGCUUCCUCCACAGCCGGCUGUGGAGCAGCAGGACCUGGCCUUUCUGCCUGGGCAGCAGAAUAUAUAUUUUACCUACA